AGUGAAUGCAGGGGGAAAUAAAAAUCAGGCAGAAUGGUAGCCAGCUAUGUAUGGAGCGUUGAGCGACAGGGAGGAAGGGGUCCUUCUUCGCCCGCGCCAAAAUUCAAGCCGAGGAAGAAGGAACAGAAGAAGCAGAGCGGAAGAGAGAUCUGCUUGGAGUUUACAAGAAGACCAGCUGAAAUGUACAUAAAAUCAAUUGUCCUUGAGGGAUUCAAGUCUUAUGCUCAAAGAACAGAGGUUAAUGACUUUGAUCCAUUGUUCAAUGCCAUUACUGGCUUAAAUGGAAGUGGCAAGUCGAAUAUCCUGGACUCCAUCUGUUUUUUAUUGGGCAUCACCAAUUUAUCACAGGUACGAGCGUCUAACUUGCAAGAUCUUGUUUACAAAAAUGGCCAGGCGGGGAUUACUAAGGCUACUGUCUCGAUCACCUUUGAUAAUUUUGACAAAAAGCAGAGUCCACUGGGAUUUGAGAAUCAUGAUGAGAUUACAGUUACAAGACAGGUCGUGAUUGGAGGUAGAAACAAGUAUCUUAUCAAUGGUGUGAAUGCAAACAAUACUAGAGUACAGGAUCUUUUCUGCUCUAUUGGAUUGAAUGUCAAUAAUCCUCACUUUCUUAUUAUGCAGGGGCGCAUUACCAAAGUUCUCAAUAUGAAACCUCCAGAGAUUUUGGCUAUGAUUGAAGAAGCAGCUGGCACAAGAAUGUAUGAAUGUAAGAAAAUAGCCGCCCAGAAAACAAUAGAGAAAAAAGAAGCAAAGCUUAAAGAAAUUUGCACGAUUUUGGAAGAAGAAAUCACACCCACAUUGCAGAAACUGAAAGAGGAACGAUCUUCCUAUUUGGAAUACCAAAAGGUUACGCGAGAGAUAGAGCAUCUCAGUCGUCUGUAUGUUGCAUAUCAGUUUGGGUUAGCUGAAGAAACCAAAGCACGUUCUGCUGAGGUGCUAAAGGAAAUGGAAGACAAUAUUUCCAAACUUCAAAAGGAGAUGGCUGAAAAUGAGAAGAAGUCGAAAGAGCUUGGCAAAGAAAUAUCUGAAAUGGAGAAGAAAAGGGAUCAAGAAUUUGGUGGCCUGCUUCAUUCACUCGAAGAAACCCUUGCUGAUGUUAAGAGAGCUGAUACCAAAGUGCAAAGUACUCUGGAUAUCAAAAAGGAAAACUUGCAAGGUGAAGAAAAAAAGCACAAAGAGCUGGUGAAAUGCAUGGAAGAGGAUUCUAAAGCUGUGGUUUCGAAGGAAAACGAAGUCAAGAAGAUAACAGAUGGAUUGAGUUCUCUUCGUGAGGCCAGUAAUAAAGACACAGAGGCAUUGGCGGCAGCACAAAAACAUUUCAAUGCUGUGUCAGCUGGUCUGUCCAGUAGUGAAGACGGAGAAGAUGCCACUCUGGCUGGACAGAUGAUGGCCUGCAAGAAUGAUAUCAGCAAAGCACAAACAGAAGCUAAACAAGCACAAAUGAAGCUGAAACAUGCUCAGCAGGAACUCAAGACCAAACAAGCUGAAGUGAAAAAAAUGGAUAGUGGGUAUAAGAAAGACCAAGAUGCAUUUGAAGCUGUCAAGAAGCAGAAAGAGAAACUAGAAAAUGAAAUGAAGAAGCUGAACUAUGAAGACAAAAAAGAAGAAAAGCUUUUAGAAAAACAAAGGGAACUGUCUCGUGUUGUCAACCAUUUAAGAGAAUCGUAUGAAGCUUUAAUGACCAAGUUCCCCAAUCUGCGCUUUGAAUACAGGGAUCCAGAGAAAAACUGGAACCCAGAUCACGUCAAGGGGCUUGUGGCAUCUCUGAUUACUGUGAAAGAUGUCUCAACAGCAACAGCACUAGAAGUGGUUGCUGGUGGUCGACUGUACAAUGUUGUGGUGGACACAGAGCUUACAGGCAAAAAACUGCUAGAAAAGGGUGAACUAAAGCGUCGCUACACCAUUAUCCCAUUGAACAAGAUCUCAGCAAGAUGUGUUGGGAAAGAAGCUAUCAGAGCAGCCAAAUCCUUGGUUGGUGAUAACAACGUCAAUGUAGCCCUCAGCUUGGUGGGUUAUGAGUCUGAAAUUCAAAAGGCCAUGGAAUUUGUUUUUGGGGGAACAUUGGUUUGUGACAACAUGGAUAAUGCCAAGAAAGUUACUUUUGACAAAAGGAUUAUGACCAAAACUGUCACUCUGGGUGGAGACACAUUUGAUCCUCAAGGCACACUCAGCGGAGGUGCAAGAUCACAGUCUGCAUCAGUUUUAUCCAAGCUUCAAGAGGUGAAGGAAGUGCAAGAAGAAUUAAAAGCAAAGGAGGCUGAGUUGCAAAGCACAGAAAAAGAACUAGCAAGUUUACAGGGGACUGCUGAAAAGUAUCGUCACCUGAAGCAGCAGUGGGAGAUGAAAUCUGAAGAAGCUGAACUAUUGCAAACCAAGUUGCAGCAAAGUGCCUACCACAAACAGCAGGAAGAAUUAGAUACACUGAAAAAAACAAUUGAGGAAAGUGAGGAAACUUUGAAGAAAACUAAGGAGGUCCAACAAAAAGCGGAGGAAAAAAUCAAAGUGCUGGAAAACAAAAUGAAGAAUGCUGAUGCAGAAAGGGAGAAAGAGUUGAAAAAUGCCCAGCAGAAGCUAGAUGGAGCCAAGAAAAAGGCUGAUGCUUCCAGCAAAAAGAUGAAAGAAAAGGAGCAGGAAGUUGAAGCUUUGGUAUUAGAACUGGAAGAACUGAAACGUGAACAAACCUCUUACAAGCAACAGAUUGAGGCUGUGAAUGAAGCUAUUAAGUUAUUCCAAGAACAGAUUGCGGUUAUAUCAGCGGAGGUAGCAAAGAACAAGGAACAAGUGAAGCAAGCUCAGGAGGAACUGGCCAAGCAAAAAGCAGUGGUGAUGGCCCAGGACAAAGCCAUUAAAGCCAAGUCUGCAGAGGUUGUAAAGUACAAGGAGCAAAGCAAUGAAUCACAACUUAAGAUUAAAGAAUUGGAGCAUAACAUCAGUAAACACAAGCGGGAGGCUUCUGAUGCUUCUGCAAAGGUUGCUAAAAUGCUGAAAGACUAUGAUUGGAUAGCUUCAGAGAAGCACCUCUUUGGCCAGCCGAAUACAGCUUAUGACUUCAAGACUAACAAUCCAAAAGAAGCUGGUCAGAGGCUACAGAAGCUGCAGGAGAAGAAAGAGAAGCUGGGCAGGAAUGUGAACAUGAGAGCUAUGAGCAUGCUUUCAGAAGCAGAAGAAAGAUACAAUGACUUGAUGAAGAAGAAAAGAAUUGUUGAGAAUGAUAAGUAUAAAAUUCUUGCAACAAUUGUGGAGCUUGAUCAAAAGAAAAACGAAGCUCUAAACAUAGCCUGGCAAAAGGUAAACAAAGACUUUGGAUCAAUUUUUUCAACCCUUCUGCCCGGGGCCAAUGCCAUGUUAUCUCCUCCUGAAGGUCAGACGGUCCUAGAUGGCCUGGAGUUCAAAGUUGCUUUGGGAAACACUUGGAAGGAAAACUUAACAGAGUUAAGUGGGGGCCAAAGGUCCCUGGUGGCAUUGUCUUUGAUCUUAGCCAUGCUCCUCUUCAAGCCGGCUCCCAUUUACAUCCUGGACGAGGUGGAUGCCGCACUUGAUCUCUCUCACACCCAAAAUAUUGGGCAGAUGCUUCGGACCCAUUUCAGGCAUUCCCAGUUCAUUGUUGUGUCCCUGAAGGAUGGCAUGUUCAACAAUGCAAAUGUCCUCUACAAGACCAAGUUUGUUGAUGGUGUUUCUACUGUGGCAAGAUACACUCAGGCUCAAACAGGAAACAGUGGAGCUGCUCAACACAGACCUGAUAAGACCAAAAUGAAAGAAAAGAGACAAAGAACGCAGGUGGAUGUGUGAAAAGUAAACCUCCCUGGUAUCCUAGUAGCUGGCAUUUUUUCUCCCUAAUAAUAUUGUGGUACCUAUAACUAGCUGCAUAUUUAGUACUGUUGUACUUUAUGUAUUAACAUUAUCUCUUCUAAAAUGGGCUAAUUGUAAUCUUUGGAGGUGCCAAGAUGGAUCUUGUUUAAUGUAUUUAUAAAAUGUUUUGGAAUUUUGUCCCUGGUAUCUGUUAAGAAACUUGUAAAUAUUUCUCCUUGCUCUUUUCUUGUCUUUUCAGCUAUGAGGGAGUAACUAGUAUGUAGCCUCUGAUACCUAGCCUGCUUUUCUUUGAAAACCAGAGCCAGACAUAUUUAACUGUUGUAAUUUUCUAAUGUCAUGAUUUUCAGUUUUGUAUAUGGCACAUCUUUAAACUUGCAAACAUGCAUAGCAGGAUUUAUUACAACAAUAAAAUGGAAAUAUGUGAUAGCAGGCUGUACACAUCCCAAACUUCCUGUCAAAGGAGUAGGGGCAAAGACUAUGUAAAUAUAAAAAUAAAAGUUUAUAAAAGUGA